ACUGAAUUGAGGACUUGAAACUGUUGGGAUGGCUGGACUCAAGGCGCUAUGGGUGGCGGUGCUACUGCUGGUGGUGCAUGAGGUGUCCUCACAGCUAAAUGUGUGUGGUCGGGCUCCUCUCAACACCAGGAUCGUUGGAGGAGUGGAUGCUGCUCCGGGCAGCUGGCCCUGGCAGGCCAGUUUGCACACGUCUGGCCCCUUCUGUGGGGGGUCUCUGAUCAACAAUCUGUGGGUGCUGACCGCUGCCCACUGCUUCACCACAACUGACACAACAGGUUUCACGGUCUUCCUGGGCCGUCAGAACCAGGCGGGCAGCAACCCCAACGAGCAGUCCCGGACCAUCUCCAGGAUCGUCUGUCACCCCGAUUACAGUGGGACCACCAACGACAACGACAUCUGCCUGCUGGAGCUCUCCUCGGCUGUCACCUUCACAGACUACAUCGUGCCCGUCUGCCUGGCCGCGGACGGAAGCACGUUCAACAGCGGCAUCAUCAACUGGGUCACUGGCUGGGGCACCACCUCGUCUGGAGGUUCAGCCGCGGACAUCCUCCAGGAAGUGGACCUGCCCAUAGUGGGCAACAGGGAGUGUGACUGCAGCUAUGUGGGCCGAAUCACCAACAACAUGAUCUGCGCUGGAUUGUCGGCUGGAGGGAAGGACUCGUGUCAGGGUGACUCUGGGGGUCCUCUUGUAGGCAAACAGGGUCCGCAGUGGGUCCAGUCGGGAGUGGUGAGCUUUGGUCGAGGAUGUGCCUUGCCCAACUUCCCUGGAGUAUACGCCAGAGUAUCCGAAUAUCAGGCUUGGAUCAACGGUAUCAUCACCACCAACCAGCCCGGCUUCGUGGACUUCCGAUCCGCGGGAAUCAACAGCGACGCCACCUUUAACUGUGGCGACCCUCCAUCUGGCCCAGUCACCGCCUCACCGACCGCCCCCACCACCAGUCACGCGUCAGACGCCCGCUUCCCCAUGUCCUACCUCCUCCUCCUCCUCCUCUCCUCCCUCUCCGUCUUCUCUGCGCUGGUCUAGAGGCAGCGUGGCCUGGAAGGGCUCGACUCCGGUUUAUUUUCAUGUUGCAUGUACCUCAUGGUAUGUGAUCAUGUAAAGAAACGAUCACGCAGCGUUUUCUGUUUUUCCUUUUGGGGUUUUUAUGGACUGUUGGAGUUAGUGGAGUCUCAUCUUACACAUGAUAUAUAGUUGGCGUUGAGCAUAUUACGUGGAAAAGAUCGCUUUUGCUCUUGAAUCUGAAGGUGCAGUUAUAAAAUACAUAUUGAUAUGUGCUUCUUAUUUUAUUUGGGGUUGGAAUUGUCUUUCGUUUAACUAGCAAUGGUUAGGAGAGACUAAUGCCGCUUUUCCACCGCACAUGUAGCUCGACUCGACACGACACGACUCGACACGACUCGACACGGUAGCAGCGCGGGUGCUUUUCCACCGCAAAUAGUACCUCCGGGACGUGGGCGGGGUCGUCUGCGCGAAAGGGCCGUGACGUUUUUUUUGUACGCGACGCAAACAACACCUACGUAACCCACACAUGGACAGAACCCACAUAACAACAAUGGAGAACAUCGAUGCGAUGGUAUUCGUGUUCGUAUUAUUAGCUGGCACGUUGAAGAAGUGGAAUAUGUUGGCUGCGGCGCUACUAUGGCUGUUCUAUCGUUACCAGCAUGGUUGCCAUGUCGCCCUCGUGACUUCGUCACACUCUCUGGCCAAUCAGUGGCCGGCCGUCUGCCGACGUCACCUUUUAGCAUCGGUUCAGCCGCUUGGAACCUAGAGCGAGGCGGUACUAGAAAAAGCAGCCACUUGAGGUACUAGAUCGCGGUGGAAACGCAAAAAAGGCGAGCUGAGUCGAGUCGAGUCGAGUCGUGUCGAGCUGGUACCAUGCAGUGGAAAAGCGGCAUAAAGGU